AUUUUCAGGGGAUGUCUUAUUUUUCCAUGAAGAAGAAUUCACAUUUAUUGUUGAACAAAAAAUGAACAUUAUAUACUGUACAGUAGUUGUCGUCACAAAUCAGCAUAACCAGACAAACCAUGAAUCCUAUCAAGAAUUUCUUGUUAUUACUAUUAUUUCCAUGUACAACAAUCAAUGGUACAUAUACAGUAGAGUCUCACUUAUCCAACACUCGCUUAUCCAACGUUCUGGAUUAUCCAACGCAUUUUUGUAGUCAAUGUUUUCAAUACCUCGUGAUAUUUUGGUGCUAAAUUUGUAAAUACAGUAAUUACUACAUAGCAUUACUGUGUAGUGAACUACUUUUUCUGUCAAAUUUGUUGUUAAACAUGAUGUUUUGGUGCUUAAUUUGUAAAAUCAUAACCUAAUUUGAUGUUUAAUAGGCUUUUCCUUAAUCUCUCCUUAUUAUCCAACAUAUUCGCUUAUCCAACAUUCUGCCGGCCCGUUUAUGUUGGAUAAGUGAGACUCUACUGUAUUUACCAAUCCUGCAUGCUCUGGUGUUCUGUUCGGCGGGCAUGCUUCCAAACAAAAACUUUGCUAGGUCUUACUUUCAGGGGAGGCCUUAUAUUUAGCAAUUCAGCAAAACCUCUACUAGGUCUUAUUUUCCGGGGAUGUCUUAUUUUUGGGGAAACAGGGUAUUAGCUAUUAAUAGGACAACUUUAUCUCUACGUGUAUUCAUAGAUUUCUGUGUACUUUUAGUAGUCCUGCCCAAAUACACCAAGACCCAUAGCUGUUUUGUGCUGCUUGGAGCGCCUUUGCCGGAGGAUCCCUGAGCAGCAGAGGAGCGUUUCCUGCGGUGCCUGAUGGGCCGGUGCCAGGCUCCCUUCCUGGCUCUGGCCUGCCCGACUUCCUCCUUGGCACCCCACUCAUCUCACCUCCCAUCUGCAGAAGGAGCCUCCCAGGGAGUGUUUCCGACCAGCCCAGGCUCCGGCCUCCUCCCUGCAGCCGAGGGCAGGGCCAGCCGGAUCAGGGCAGGGCACGCCACCAGCACCAGCACCAGCACCAGCGUCCACAUGGGACUGUCUCUGUGGGCCGGGCUUUGGAAGGAGGGGCCGGGCCCUCCGCCCCUUUGGGGGCCCAUAAAUGAGGCUCCUCGCACCCCUGGGAGAAGCUUCGCCCAUCGCAGCAGCGGUCACUCACUCUCUGUGGAGUCUGGGAGGACGUUGGCAUCAUGACCGCCAAGAUUGACUGGAAGCUGAAGGACAAUGGCAUUGCCCACCGCACUGACCGGUACAGCGGGAGUGAGUUGGCCGUGCGCCGGGGGCAGCCCUUUGGCGUCUCCCUGACCUACGGGGGAAACCCCCCAGCAGUGAGUAGCCUGACCUUCACAGUGGAAACCGGUUCAACGGCUGUUCUCCAGACCAAGACGCGGGUGGCCUUUGGGGUCACUGGGUCUCCACCCAACAACAACUGGGGCGCGGUCCAGACCGCCCCUGCCCCCGGCACCAUGAGCUUCUCCAUCUUCAGCCCAGUGAAUGCAGGCAUCGGGCGGUACCGGUUGGGCAUCCGGACCGGGGGCAGCAGCGCCCCUUCCUCACUCCUGGGCACCUUUGUGCUCCUCUUCAACCCAUGGCUCCAAGGCGAUGAGGUCUUCAUGCCAAACAAUGCAGAGCGUGAGGAGUAUGUCCUUUCAGAGUCCGGGGUGGUCUUCGUGGGCAGCUCCAACAGCAUCAGUCCACGUGGAUGGGACUUUGGUCAGUUUCAGCCAGACAUUCUGGACAUCUGCCUGUCCAUCCUGGACCGGAGCCUUAACCACCGCAAAGACGCAGCCACCGACCUCCGUCGCCGCAAUGACCCCAAAUAUGUUGGGCGUGUGCUCAGCGCCAUGGUCAACAGCAACGACGACAACGGCGUGGUGUUGGGCAACUGGAGCGGCAAUUACUCUGGUGGGGAGAAUCCUGGGAGCUGGUCAGGAAGUGUGAGGAUCCUGCAACAAUGGAAGUCCUCUGGAUUUCGGCCAGUCCGCUUUGGGCAGUGCUGGGUCUUUGCAGGAGUGCUGACCACAGUGCUCCGGUGCUUCGGUUUCCCUGCCCGCAUGAUCUCCAACUUCAACUCAGCCCAUGACACAGACCAGAGCCUGACGGUGGAUGUCUACUACGAUCCCGCCGGGAACCCCCUCAACAUGGACUCUGACAGCAUCUGGAACUUCCACGUGUGGAAUGAGGCCUGGUUCGCCCGCUCCGACCUGGGCUCCACGUACAAUGGCUGGCAAAUUUUGGAUGCCACUCCGCAAGAACGAAGCUCUGGCAUCUUCCAGUGCGGCCCAGCUUCCUUGGUGGCCAUCAAGGAAGGAGACGUGGACCUGGACUACGACUGCCCCUUCGUCUACGCCGAGACCAACGCAGACCGCGUCACCUGGACCUAUGACACAGCCACCGGGCAAAAGAAGAAGAUCUACUCGGAGACCAAGUCCGUGGGCCAGUUCACCAGCACCAAGGCCGUGGGCAGCUUUGCCCGCAAAGACGUCACCAACGACUACAAGUACCCAGAAGGCACCACCAAGGAGCGGGAUGUCUUCAACAAGGCCCGGGGCAAGCUGAACCUGAGCACGCUGGAAGCCACCUCCCGAGUGCCAGAUGCUCCCAAGCCAGACGUGUCCGGGAAGUUCAAGGUGAAGAGCCCGCCUGAGGUCGGCAAGGACGUGGAGCUGGUCCUGCUGCUGACCAACCUGGCCUCUGCAGCCAGGACCCUGACAGCCAACAUGACCGCCUGGAGCAUCGUCUACACCGGGAAGGUCAUCCAUGAGGUCUGGAAGGACUCCCUUGCCCUGACGCUGGGCCCCAAAGAAGAGAAAGCCUAUCCCAUCAAGAUCUCUUAUGAGGAAUACCAGAAGCACCUGACUACGGACAACAUGAUCCGGGCGACGGCUGUGUGCCACUUCAAGGAUGGGAACGACGCUGUGGUGGAGCAGGACAUCGCCUUGGAGAAUCCCACCAUCACCUUGAAGGUGCCGGGCCAGGCCAAGGUGGGCCAAGCGGUGAAGGUGGAGGUGGUCUUCACCAACCCGCUGGCAGAAGUGGUGUCCUCUUGUGUGCUCCUGGCCGAGGGCAGCGACCUGCUGGAGAAGGCGAUCCGGAAGGAGGUGUCGACCGUGAAGGGCAAGGAGAGUGCCCGCAUCACCUUCGAAAUCACCCCCAAGAAGAAGGGCACCAAGCAGCUGGUGACCAACUUCUCCUGCGACAAAUUCAAGGACAUCAAUACCUUCCAGGUCAUCAAGGUGGUCGACUGAUCCUAGACCCCUCCCCAAAGGGAGGCUCCCCCAAAAGGGAUGGAGGGGCUGCACUACGAGGGAAUGCGCAACUUUGGGGGCGCAUAAGGGCCCUGUCGUCUGCAUGGCUUUCUUUCAAUACAGCUUUUCUUACUUAC